GUCCUCGGUUGUGUUGCUUUGUCAGAAUUGACCGCAUGUGUUUAGAUAUUUGCCUCCAGAUCUUCUGUCGAGCAUGGCCCUGCUGAAGGGCAGUGCCCCCUGAGAAAAACACUCCAGCAGAAUCUCAGCUGUGACAGACUACUGAGAGCGGUACCGCAGAAACUAUGUAAGCUGGUUUUGCCCUCCUGGAGUAAACAUGAUGAAAACAGAGUCUUCAGGAGAAAGGUCAACCCUCCGAAGUGCCUCUCCUCACAGGAAUGCUUACAGAACUGAGUUCCAGGCGCUGAAAAGCACCUUUGACAAACCGAAAUCGGAUGGAGACCAAAAAACGAAAGAGGAAGGAGAGGCCUCGCAGAGCAGGGGAAGGAAAUAUGGCUCAAAUGUCAAUAGAAUUAAGAACUUAUUUAUGCAAAUGGGCAUGGAGCCCAGUGAAAGUGCUGGAGUUACCCCUAAAACCAGGGGGAAGGGUGGCCCUCCGUCACCUCAAAGACGAAUCAGGCCCAAAGAAUUUGUAGAAAAAGCAGAUGGUUCAAUUGUAAAAUUGGAAUCAUCCGUCUCAGAAAGGAUCAGCAGAUUUGAUACUAUCCAUGAUGGUCCUUCCUAUUCCAAGUUUACUGAAACUCGGAAGAUGUUUGAGCGAAAUGCUCAUGAAACAGGACAUUCCAAUCGCUAUUCCCCAAAGAAAGAGAAAGUCGUUUCCAAUGAGCUUCCGGAUGAAUGGUGCAGCUCUAAGUCUCACAGAGGCAGCACUGAUUCACUGGACAGUCUUAGCCCAAGGACAGAGACCGUCUCUCCAACUGUGAGUCAGCUCAGCGCAGUUUUUGAGAACACUGACUCACACAACGUAAUCAUUGUAGAAAAGUCAGAGAACAAUGAAGAGUACUCUGUAACUGGUCACUAUCCGCUAAACCUCUCCUCGACUGUCGCAAAUAUCUCCUCCCCAGUUGCAAACCUUGAGGGUUUCAGUCCUCUGAAAGAUACCAGCACGUGGUCUCCGCCAGCCAAACAGAGUACAGGCUUGAUGUCCGCUGAGAACUCUCAGCAGAAUAGCACGCCUUCAGCACUGAGACAGAAGACAUCCACAGGCACUUUGGCAGGUUCAAAAACAACUGAAGAAAUAAAGAAGAGUACAGAGGCAAGUGCUGAUUCUGUUGAGAGCUCUGCAGUGAGUCAACAGGAUUUGGUCAACGUGCUUGACAGUGAAAGAUCUGUGGACAGCUGUGGUAGGAGUAAGUCAAAAACAGAGACAGAAGUUUUGUUGCAACAAAAGGAAUGGUCAGAGCAUGCAGAGGGUGUCUUUGAUAGACCCGAAGCUGCAGAAGUACCAAGAAACGUAGCUUCAGGUGGUGAUUUUGCCACAGAUGCUGUUUCAGAUGCUACUGAGUCCCAUUAUGAUGAGGCAAGUGAAAAAGAAGUGCAUGAAGAUGUGAAUAAUUUUCAGAGUUCCCACGUGUACAUGCACUCUGACUACAGUGUGUAUCGGGUACGAUCGAGAUAUAAUUCUGACUGGGGAGAGACAGGUACAGAACAGGAUGAUCAGGAUGACAGUGAUGAAAAUAACUGUUAUGAACCUGAUAUGGAAUAUUCUGAAAUUAAUGGAUUGCCAGAUGAAGAUGAAAUCCCAGCCAACAGAAAAAUACAGUUUAGCCGUGCUCCAAUUAAGGUUUUCAAUACAUAUUCCAAUGAAGACUAUGACAGGAGAAAUGAUGAAGUUGACCCAGUGGCUGCAUCAGCUGAAUAUGAACUUGAGAAGCGUGUGGAAAAGCUGGAGCUCUUCCCAGUUGAACUAGAAAAAGAUGAAGAUGGACUUGGCAUAAGCAUUAUUGGAAUGGGAGUCGGAGCAGAUGCAGGCCUUGAAAAACUGGGAAUAUUUGUCAAAACAGUAACAGAAGGUGGGGCAGCCGAAAGAGAUGGCAGGAUCCAAGUGAAUGACCAAAUUGUGGAAGUUGAUGGCAUCAGUCUGGUUGGUGUUACGCAAAAUUUUGCUGCAACUGUUCUUAGAAACACCAAAGGGAAAGUCAGGUUUGUAAUUGGACGAGAAAAACCGGGCCAAGUGAGUGAGGUUGCGCAGCUGAUUAGCCAAACUCUAGAACAAGAACGCCGCCAGAGAGAGCUGCUGGAGCAGCAUUAUGCACAGUAUGAUGCAGAUGAUGAUGAGACAGGGGAAUAUGCUACAGAUGAAGAAGAUGAAGACAUGGGACCUGUCCUUCCAGGAGGUGACAUGGCUAUUGAAGUGUUCGAUCUCCCUGAAAAUGAUGACAUGUUCUCCCCCAGUGAUGUGGACACCAGCAAGCUUGCUCACAAAUUCAAAGAGUUACAAAUCAAACAUGCUGUUACAGAAGCUGAAAUUCAGAAGCUGAAGACGAAGCUGCAGGCUGCUGAGAAUGAGAAGGUGAGGUGGGAAUUGGAGAAGACCCAACUCCAGCAGAACAUUGAGGAGAAUAAGGAAAGAAUGAUGAAAUUAGAGAGUUAUUGGAUUGAGGCACAAACCCUGUGUCAUACGGUGAAUGAGCACCUCAAGGAGACGCAAAGCCAGUAUCAGGCUCUGGAGAAGAAAUAUAACAAGGCAAAGAAAUUAAUCAAGGAUUUUCAGCAAAAAGAACUUGACUUCAUCAAACGCCAGGAAGCUGAACGAAAGAAAAUAGAAGAUUUGGAAAAAGCACACCUUGCAGAGGUUCAAGGCUUACAAGCUCGUAUACGAGACUUGGAAGCAGAAGUUUUCAGGCUAAUGAAGCAAAAUGGGAGCCAGGUUAACAAUAACAACAACAUUUUUGAAAGGCAGACAUCUUUUGGAGAAGUUUCUAGAGGAGAUCCAGUGGAAAAUCUAGAUACUAAACAAGUGUCCUGCCUGGAUGGCUUAAGUCAAGAUUUCAAUGAAGCAGUGCCAGAAACGGAGAGACUGGACUCCAAAGCUCUGAAGACUCGAGCUCAGCUUUCAGUGAAGAACAAGCGGCAAAGGCCUUCUAGAACAAGGCUGUAUGAUAGCAUCAGUUCAACUGAUGGAGAGGACAGCCUUGAACGAAAGCCGUCAAACAGUUACAGUAGUCCCAUGCACAUUUCAAAAUCACCACUGCCCUUAUGCAUGAGAGCAUCCUCACCAGCAUCAGAUUCUGGUGCUUCCUCCCUCUCCCCCGUGGCUAGCAGUGCAGCAAUCUCACUUGACAACCUAACUGAAAACCGAGAAGAAGGACAGCACCACAAAGGAGGUGUCCUUUCCCCGCAUGCUCGGGGAGGCACUCCACUUUCCUCUCCUUCAAAAUCUGGGCACAGCUCUGAAGCAUCUCCUUUGCAUCACCCAGCUGGCAGGAAUAUUUUACAGGAUAAAGAUGGUGCCACAUGUGCUCAGGCAGCAAGAACAACUAGCCCUACUAUAGGGCAUACAGAAAAACUAAAGCGAAAACUUGCAGAUCUUGGGGCUCCCUUGAGAAGGAGUUCAAACAAGGGCAAGAAGCGGAAAGAGAAAGAAGCUAUUAGGGUGACCUAUGGCAGUAGGACUGCCAGAGAGAUGUUGCAGAAAUCAGCAAACACUAAAUCUUUAGCAGAGCGAUCCUCCUCUCUCCCACACUGUGUACCAUUCACGUGGUAUGGAGAGAGUGGCAAGGGAUCCAAUUCUUCUAGCAACCUGCCAUCACCUGCCAGCUCAACUGAACCUUCCUCUGAAAAUAUAAGCCCAGCUAAAAAAGGGUCAAAGAAUUUCACGUUCAACGAUGAUUUCAGUCCCAGCAGCACAAGUUCAGCUGAUCUGAGCGGUUUAGGAGCAGAACCUAAAACCCCAGGUUUCUCGCACUCCUUAGCACUGUCAUCAGAUGAGAUCCUUGACGAUGGACAGUCUCCUAAGCACAGUCAGUGUCAGAGUCGUGCUGUUCAGGAGUGGAGUGUGCAGCAGGUUUCCCACUGGUUAAUGAGCCUGAACCUUGAACAGUAUGUUUCUGAAUUCAGUGCCCAAAACAUUAACGGGGAGCAUCUCCUUCAGCUGGAUGGGAGUAAGCUCAAGGCUCUUGGUAUGACAUCUUCCCAGGACAGAGCAAUCAUUAAAAAAAAGCUAAAGGAAAUGAAAGCAUCCUUGGAGAAAGCUCGCAAAGCUCAAGAGAAAAUGGAAAAGCAAAGGGAAAAGCUUCGGAAGAAGGAACAAGAGCAACUGCAGAGGAAAUCGAAGAAAACAGACAAGUCUUCAUCAGAUGCAACAGAGGGCACUAAUGAGCAGUGAUAAGCAGAAGUGCUGCUGUGUUAGGAAAGUGGAGGCACUUCAAGGGAAGAGAAACUCAUAUCCACUCUGGUGCCCCUUCAGCUUUCUUGUAUUCAUUACACAAGAGUGUGUACAGAGAAAUGGGGCUAUACAUAGAAUGACUAGGGAAAUUUAUAUUGUGUAGUUUUAUUUUCCCGCAUACCCAGUUCACGCUCGUUGUUGUUGCCAUGUGAAACAACCCCAGCCCCUCGGUUUGUUUUGUUGUUGUUGACAGCUAACAGAUUUCAUAUUUGUGUGGCGGUGUUUCCUUCCAAACUACUCUUCUCUAUUGAGCUCUCUGUGUUUGGUCACUUCAGUAACCAGCAUGAUGCCGAGGAGCAUGGUCCACUGCUUCACCUCUUCUGAAUAGGAUGGCCAGUCAAAACGAUUGGUGAACGUUUCUUCAGCUGGGUAAAAGGAGUUGUGCUCUGUCUGAUAAAAGUUGACCUAACUUUCUAACUGGAAGUUCAGCUUCUUUACGGUGUUUGGAUACUCAGUUCCGUCUACUGGAGUAAGUUUCAUCUUGCGCCAGUACCUUGAAGCGACAGUACUCUGGAAACACAGCUGUUCAGUGACUUCUUGUUAUACACUGGAGAUAAAGACAGGAGAGUCAAUAUUCCCCCUGGGCAAAAAAGACAGGAGGUGAAACUCUUUCUGUUAACUGUACAAUAGUUAAUCCAGGAAGGAGGCAAAGCCUUAACUGAUUUUGUGGGUUUACACAGAAAUCUGAGGAUAACAUUUAUCCUUUAGAUAUCUGAGCAAGGAUGAAUUUCUAACUAGAGCACAGCAUAUAGAUCUGUAUAAAUUUCAUUGUGCCCCCAGUGUGUAGGCAACUUUCUUAUAGCACACUCCGCUUUCUUUUUCAUGUGUUUUGAACAGGAAACCAGGCUUAUUUUGUUUUGGUUUGGUUUUUUUCCAAGAAAAACACCACAUCUUCAGAUUCAUUCCCCAGUAAGCAUUGGGAGAAUAACCUUUGUGCUGUGCUGUUAUGAAACUGUUGCUGAAAACGAUUAUCAAACUUGAGUCUGCUGAAGAUUUUCAGUUUUUACAGAAGUGCACUUUAAGAAGAGGAAGACGAGGGAUUCUGGUUAAAAUUAAAUUCAAUACAUUGCUGUUAAGAUCAAUGCUGCCAUGGAGGUGACAGUUACUAAAUCCAAAGCUGCCAUAUAUUAACUGUUUUGAUCGAUACAUUUAAAGAAUAUCCCCACCAAAACCUGAAUUUUUGGGCAUAGGUUGUAGAAUGUUUUGAUGGCUUAGCAAUGGUCGUAUUACAACCUUCAGAGAUUUCUGUUUUCCUGGUAUAUGAGGCCAUCGGUGAAGCCUGCUGUGUAAUUUUGACGAUGACAGAAGCAGUGUAUAGCUCGCACUGCAUGGUGUUACUGCCUCUUAAGAGCGGUAUUAAAAUACUCGGUAUUUCUUCAAAAGAAUGGACAGACAACAGGCAAAUAUCCACCACAAGAAGCUAGAGGUAUUAGCUUACUGCUUUGUAGUCAAAGCUAACUACGUAGCGGCAUUUAUAGUUGAGAAACGUCACUUCCCUUUCAUGCAUCCUGGAAGUCGCAGUCUUCAUCUAGUCAUGCCAACCCAUAAUUUGUUUAAGAUGUUGAUGUGAAGUUGGAAUCUUGAACUUAAAAAUUUG